AACGUUCAAAAGCCCUCCCUUGGCCCUGUCUCUCUCCACUCACCUCAUCGUUGUUUCCGUUUUUUCUCUCAUUUCCUUGCUCUUUGAAAAGCCCACACCACACCACAACCCUCUGCUGUGCUCUCUCCGCUCCAAUUCGUGCAGUGACUUUGAUCGAACACUUGGAUCGCAUUCUCUCCUCGAUCGAUUCGCCUUAGGGUCAGAGAGAUCGGAGAGGAGAGGCUGUAUGGCGAGUAGAGUAGACCACGAGUACGACUAUCUGUUCAAGAUCGUGUUGAUCGGUGACUCUGGUGUGGGCAAAUCUAACAUUCUCUCUAGGUUUACCAGAAAUGAGUUCUGCUUGGAAUCUAAGUCAACUAUCGGCGUCGAGUUCGCUACCAGAACUCUCCAGGUUGAAGGAAAGACUGUGAAGGCACAGAUCUGGGAUACAGCAGGUCAGGAGCGAUACCGUGCUAUCACCAGUGCUUACUAUAGAGGGGCUGUGGGUGCUCUCCUUGUCUAUGACAUAACUAAGCGGCCAACUUUUGAAAAUGUCCAAAGGUGGCUCCGUGAAUUGAGGGACCAUGCAGAUUCGAACAUUGUUAUCAUGAUGACAGGAAACAAGUCUGACUUGAACCAUCUUAGAUCUGUUUCAGAGGAUGAUGGUCAGACCUUGGCUGAGAGGGAAGGUCUCUCAUUUCUCGAGACAUCAGCAUUGGAAGCAACCAAUGUUGAGAAGGCAUUUCAAACUAUUCUUACCGAGAUCUACCAUAUUGUAAGCAAAAAAGCACUGGCAGCUCAGGAAGCAGUCUCGACUACCCUGCCUGGUCAAGGAACCACUAUCAAUGUUAGUGAUGCUUCUGGGAACAAUAACAAGAGAGGUUGUUGCUCUACAUAAAAGAUGACACCUAGGAGAGGAGGGGAAAUAUUUUCUGGAUGCCAGACCUUUUUAUUUUUCUUUUCUUUAGUUUUUUUUCUUCUUCUUUUUUGGGUGACAGGGAGGCAUGUAGAAUACAAUUUACUUCGUUGAGUUGUGAUAAAAAAAAAAAGCUUGUGAAAAUUAAAUUGACAGUAGUAUUGGUACAUUUUGGGGGUCUGCUUUUACUUAUGAUUCACCAUUUGUUAUAUGUUGCUUUUUAUAGUGUAACUACCGAAAUUUGGAAUGUUAGGUAGAACUUGGCAUCUCAAACUAAAGAAUCAAUGGAACAGAUUCAGAGUUUCA